AUGGUACCAGGAACAAAUGAGAAAACAUGGACAUAUGAAAUUAAAUCAUUGGAUUCCUCAUCGGCUGAUGAUGACAUACUUGGCAUCGAUUUGAGUGUGGAACGUGUCUCACGUGGUGUCUACGGCAUAUCUGGCUCCUUUACAUUGGGUAUAGAUAUUGACGAGAGUGUUCCAUUUGAUAUCGAGGGUACUGCCUAUCGCAGUGAUAACGGCGUCAACGAAUACAGGAUAUUACCCUUCAAAAUGGCCCGUCAACAUUUAAUUUCAGCUCUCAAUGGUUUCUACAAGGAAAUGUUAAUGGAAUCGUUGAAAGAAUGUUCCGAUAUGCCUGUGUUUGAGGAUAAAUUUGAGCCACCUCUCGAAAAGAGGGUAUAUACCUUAACGAAGUGUCAAUUUAGUCAAGAUGGUUUUCCCAAUCACUUGGCCGAAGGUUUUUAUAAAGUAGUCAUUGCAGGUUCGGGUUGUACCGAUUGGCAGUUUACCGUUAUUGCUCAAGUGGAAUCGAAACAUUAA